UCCGCUACCUCUGAUUGGCUUACCAUAACCAAUCUCGCUCCUCACUGCGUACAUUUAACCAAUCCAACCAACGAAAGCAACGAGUACUAGCCAAUCAGAGGCAGAGUAGGUCGGCUCAUGGCUUUGCCAUCCUAAGAAAAUAUUUGACUGACGGUAACCACUAUACCGCCCUCACCUGGCCUGGAGUUAUCCAGAAAAACUAAAAUCUAUUUAUUUUUAAUAGACAGUUAAAUGUACUACCUUAUAAUGCUAUGUAACGCUAAUUUUACAGGCAUUUAAUGUAAAAAAUCUUUGAGGUAAAAUAUUUCAAAAAGUGUGUUGCCAAGGGGACGUGACGUCACGGUGGCGGUUGGCACAUUAUUUUUUUCCGUAGGUUGCUCUAAUUCAAGGAAGGAGGACGAGCGGCCGUCUGCUGGUGGACAACAAAGUGAGGACUAUGCGCUCACUUGUCGGACUAAUCGCUGUUGUUGUCGCAGCCAGCUUGUACCUGUACUCUCUGUCCCUGUACCUCCCUCCGGCACCGCAAAGACGCUCUCAUGCAACUUCCGAGACCGAGUCCGAGCAGCCGACUGUCAGCUCCGAAGAGCCCCGCAGGUUGAAGUUCCCGUCAGACUUGGAGGAGCUGCGGGAACUGGCUGAGCUGCUGCAGUUCUACAAGACAGAGCACACUGGAUAUGUCCUCCUGCUCUUCUGUAGUGCUUAUCUCUACAAGCAGUCAUUUGCCAUUCCUGGAUCCUCGUUCCUGAACAUUCUCGCAGGAGCUAUAUUUGGACCAUAUGAAGGACUGCUGCUCGCCUGUGUGCUCACCACUGUGGGCUCCACUAUGUGCUACCUUUUGUCUCAGGCCUUUGGGAAACACUACAUCGUGAACAUCUUCCCUGGUAAAGUCUCCAUGCUGCAGAGGAAGGUGGAAGAGAACCAGGACUGCUUGUUCUUCUUUCUGCUCUUCUUGAGAUUCUUUCCAAUGACUCCCAACUGGUUUCUGAACAUGUCUGCUCCGAUUGUAAACAUCCCCAUCACUUUCUUCUUCUGCUCAGUCUUCAUUGGCCUUCUUCCUUACAACUUCAUCUGUGUCCAGACGGGCGUCAUGCUGUCAGAGGUGUCCUCACUUGAUGACCUGUUCUCCUGGGAGCGGCUGCUGCAGCUGCUGGCCAUCGCCUGCAUGGCUCUGCUGCCCGGUGCCCUAAUCCGCCGCUAUAGUCAGCAGCGUCUGAAACUGGAUGUGCAGUCGCAGAAUGGACUCAUCACAAAUAAGAAGGUCCAGUAAUUGGUUCUGGGAAUGAGCUCAUUUCCUGGUGCUUUGACGCACUCCGACCUGAAAGUGAAUGUCUUUUCUAAGUGUGGCUCUGCAGAAAAUCUUUGUGCACACACGUGCGUCAAGGUCACUUUUAUUUGAAAUGAAGAUGGAAAGGAUCGCAGUUUUUUUAGAACAAUGUGUUGGUGGGAUUUGAAGCUGAGAAUUUUUUUUUUUUACCAAAUGUUUACUGCCAGAAUAUGUAUGAAUGUACAUUAAUCAUGGAGAGAAAGAGGUAAAGAUUUUAAGGAAACUUGGCUCCUGCGCUUCUGUAAUACAGCGUGACUUCGAUCUAAGCGAGCUGGUGUUUUAAGUGCCUGUUCGAGCAGUUUUACACUGUUUCAAAUAUCUACCUCAAACAUGAACAAGUUAAAACAUGUUCAGGUUCAGAUGAUUGUUUUAUUGGGUUUGUGUUAAUUAUUUGUAACUGAAAUACUUUUGUGUAUACACUAAACAGCUUAAACGUUGUCUUUUUCAUGCUUUAUUGAGGUACAACAAUAUUGCUGUAUGAUAUUGACAAUCACAUUUUGCAGACACAGUAUAAAUUGUAAUACAGUGUACAGGACAGUGUUUGUUUGUUUUUUACUGUUUUUCAGCAGUUUGGACAAGCUGUUAAAUUUAGAGACCAGAAUGUCCACUCAUAAGACCUUGAGUGCCAUGUUUGAGUAACCAAUUAAAUUAUAUCAUGAUUUCAGCCCUGUUCAUUGUCUCAUGCUAUCUAAUCAGCUGGAUACUUACUUAAAAGUGAAUGAGUCAGGCAGCAUGAAGCUUCUGUUACAGUAAGUCAAGCCUGAUGUCUCUUAAUGUACUUUUUGUAAAGUAAUCUGGUCCAAGAGCAUCUACGCUUCAUUAAAUGUUAGCUUUCUUUUGGGUUAAGAUUUGUAUUGUCAUUUAAUUAUUCUGUUUAAUCAGAGAUGUAAAUUAUUUUAAAUGUACUUUAAUACACAGUGACAUUUGUGGUAUGUCAGAUCACAGAUGAUUUGGCACCUUUAUUUCAGAGGUGAAAAAAAACCCCACAACUUUGAAGUAAUAAAACAGAAAACAUGGAAAAAGGCA